AUGGAUCCUGAAAAAUUUUUAAAUCUUCAAAUGCAAAUGCGUGAAAAUAAUAUGGAAGUUGCAGAUUUUCUAAAUGAUUUCACUAACUGGAAAGAGACUGUAGAAUUAAAAAGUAAACGUUUAGAAAAUUCAGCAAAACCAGAAAUACCAGCCAUUCGUAAUAGUCUAUUGAAAAAGAAUAAAAAGAAACCAGUUAAACAAAAGAUAUCCGAUAAAAAAGUUGAACGUAUUAAAGCGUAUGAUUAUCAAGCCUGGGAUAAAUUUGAUGUAGACAAAGCGUUAGCUGAGGAUACCGAUGAUGGUGAUAAUGAUAAUGAUAAUAAUAAUUGUACUAUGGAUAAAACUGUCGGUUCGCCUGAUCAUCCAACUCGUAAUAGUAGUAGUGAAACAGAUGAAGAACAAGAAGAUCAAAGAAGGCUACAAUUAUCUAAAGAUGCUCGAGAAUUAGGAAACGUUCGAUUUAAAGAAGGUCGAUUGGAUGAAGCUAUUGAACAGUAUACAAUGGCUAUACGACUUGCACCAGAAGAUCCUACAGCGUAUACAAAUCGUGCAUUCGCCUAUAUUAAAACAGAAAGAUAUGCUUCAGCUGAAGCUGAUUGUAUUGCUGCUUUAAAGCUGGAUCAAAAAUCGAUUAAAGCAUUAUUUCGGAGAGCACUUGCUCGUAAAGGUUUAGGUCAUAUCACUGAAGCAAUUGAAGAUUUAAAAGAAUUAUUAAAACUGAAUCCAGAUAAUAAAUCUGCUUUAAGUGAGCUUAAUUCACUAACUUAUACAACAAAAGGGAAUACAUCCGUACCGUCUACACCAUCUAGUCUAAUUCAAAGCGGUAAUAAUAAACAAAGAAAAAUGCGGAAAAUCUCUAUUAUUGAAGUUGGUGGCAAUGUCGGGUCGUCAUCAUCACAUUCAUCCCAGAAAACUACCCACACUGAUAGUACUCCUCAGGUACUUCUUAAAACCUGUUCAUCAAGUAUAAAAGAAGUUGUCAAUGGGACAGAAAGCUUAUGUCAUCCAACUGUCAAAAUGACUAAUUCAUCAUCAGAAGCAUUGAAGUUCCCCUCUUCAACUGAUAAGUCAAUUCCAUCAGAGUCCGUAAAAAAAUCAUUCAGUCAACCUGUGGUAAAUUCAACCGGUGAUCAUAAUAAUCCCCUAGAAAUACCACCUUCAUCAAAAAGUAUUAAUAUGACUAAACCACCAUCGAAUUGGUUCCAAUUAGAACGUGAAAUACGCGAAUUAUGUCGAAGUGGUAGUUCUUCAAUGAGUUAUUCUAAAAAAUUGCAUUUAACCAAAGAAGCAAUAAUUUAUUUGUGUAAUAUUCAGCCGACAAAUUAUCAAGCUUUAUUCGGUGAAAAUAUGGAUAGUGAUUUUUUAUCACGUAUGCUUCAUGCAUUUUAUCAAUGUGUUGUAGAAGGCGAUGGUGAUCAGUCGUCGUCGGCGUCGACGUCAUCGUUGUUGUUGACAAAUCAUGAGAUUACAGAUCGUCUUUUAACUUUAACCAAACUGUCAAGAUUUGAUGUUGCCUGGUUAAUGACAGAUGAUGUAGAACGUGUACAUGCUGUAAAACUUAUAAAACAUUUACAAAAUGAUCAUUCAAUAAGUAAAGAUAUUAUUAAACAGAUAUGUGUACAGUUUGAAUGUGAUGAUUAG